GGAUGAUUCGCAAGACAGAGAAAAGCCCAAAAUUCAAGUAUUUAAAGGGAGCACAAGAUCAGCACUUGUAGUUCCGCAAUGAUGAACUACUCACUGCCUAAGAAUUAAGAAAAGCAGAAGCGGGAGAAGCAGAAGCUCAACGGCUCCCAAAUCUUCUUUUUCUUUACUUCUUUUCCGUCCUUUCUAUUUUCCGGGAUCGAGAUUGUGACCAGUAGCAUCAGCUGUGUCAUCCUCGUCUUUUUUGUGUUCUCAAAUUCCGAUGUUGUUCGUAUGGCCAAAAUAGCCUUAGCUCUCUUGCUUACAAUACACGUUAAUUCAGUCUAUAUAGCUAUAUAUUCUGUAUUAAGCGGCCUUGAAAAAGCUGCGAUUUUUAUCCCUCAGAAUACAACUCUCCCUUCCCCUCUUUAUAUAUAGCACCUUCACUUCGCUAGUUUCUUGUGGGGAUUUUUUUGGUUAGUACUCGAUCAGAUACUGUUCCAUAUACACUGAUCAAACGCAUAGGAAGAGAACAAAGAGAAAAGGGUUGGGGGGGACGAACAAUAUGGGAGAGGAGAAUCACGAGAUAGUGGUGAGAGAGUUCGAUCGUAAGAAAGACCUUUUGGGAGUGGAAGAUGUGGAGAGGAGGUGCGAGGUUGGACCCAGCGGCAAGCUCUCCCUCUUCACCGACCUCCUUGGUGACCCUAUAUGCCGGGUCCGCAACUCUCCUGCUUUCAUCAUGCUGGUGGCUGAGAUUGGCGAACAGAAAGAGAUAGUUGGCAUGAUAAGAGGUUGCAUCAAAACUGCUACUUGCGGCAAAAAACUCUCCAGGAAUGCCAAAAUCAGCAAUAACAACAAUGAACUCAUCAAACCCGUCCCUGUCUACACCAAGGUCGCCUACAUCCUAGGCCUCCGAGUCUCCCCUCCCAGCAGGAGGUUGGGAAUAGGUUUAAAGCUGGUCCGUCGAAUGGAGGAGUGGUUCAGAGAUAAUGGCGCUGAGUAUUCUUACUUAGCGACCGAAAACGACAAUCUGGCUUCCGUUAAGCUGUUCACCGACAAAUGCGGUUACUCCAAGUUCCGUACUCCUUCCAUCCUUGUCAACCCCGUGUUCGCUCACCGAGUCCCUGUCUCCGACCAAGUCACCGUCAUUCAACUCUGCCCUUCCGACGCCGAAAUCCUCUAUCGCCGACGCUUCUCCACCACCGAGUUUUUCCCUCGCGACAUUGAUUCGGUCCUCAACAACAAACUCAGUCUGGGGACGUUUCUCGCUGUGCCACGUGGGACGUAUACGACCGAGUCGUUCCCCGGGUCGGAAUUGUUCUUUUCCGAUCCCUGCGAGUCGUGGGCUGUUCUGAGCAUUUGGAACUGUAAGGACGUGUUCACGUUGGAGGUCCGCGGCGCGUCGCUCGCGAAACGAGCUCUCGCCAAAACGACCCGGAUCGUGGACCGGGCCUUUCCAUGGCUCCAAGUUCCUUCGGUGCCCGAGCUGUUCAAGCCAUUCGGGCUACAUUUCUUGUACGGUAUCGGAGGGGAAGGCACACGCGCGGUGAAGUUGGUGAAGGCGUUAUGCGGUUACGCUCACAACCUGGCCAAAGCGCGUGGGUGUGGGGUUGUGGCCGCGGAGGUGUCAAGUCGCGAACCGCUCAGAUUAGGAAUUCCCCAUUGGAAAAAGCUAUCGUGCGCGGAGGACUUGUGGUGCAUCAAGAGGCUCGGGGAGGACUAUAGUGACGGGUCAGUCGGUGACUGGACCAAAUCACCACCUGGCUUGUCCAUUUUUGUCGACCCGAGAGAGUUCUAAUCUCGUGAAAUGGCUGUUUUGAGAAAAGAGGGAAAUGAAGAGAUAAAAAAGAUAUGGGUUUUUGUUGUAAAGAAGAAAAGAGAAUAUCCCCCAUAAGCUUUUGUUGUGUUUUUCCUUCUUUAUUUUUGGAAGCUUUUUGAGUAAAUGGAUGUGGCUUUUUAGAUC